UAAAGUUUGUAGAAAACACAAAUCACAACACUAUCAAUUAAUAGCCUCUUCAUCACAAUGCUUCCAAAGUUGUUCUUCGUCAUUUCUACACUAAUUUCCUCCUUCAUUUUCACUACUCAUUCUUAUAAUACCCAAUGCCUUCACCAUCAGAAAAUCUUGUUGCUUCAACUCAAGGAUGAGUUGAGCUUCGAUUCUUUCUUUUCAACAAAAUUGGUGCGAUGGAAUGAAACGGAUGAGUGCUGCAAGUGGCACGGUGUGGAAUGUGAUGUUGCUGGCUACGUCGUCAGUUUGCAGCUCGAUUAUGAGUUUAUUUCUGGUGGAAUCGCGGAUUCAUCGAGUCUCUUCAGACUUGUGCAUCUGCAGAAGCUAAAUCUAGCCUACAAUUCUUUCAACUUCACUCCCAUCCCGAAAGGUAUUCACAAUCUCACCUAUUUGACACACUUGAAUUUAUCCGAUGCUGGAUUUGGUGGGCAGGUUCCAGCUGAAAUUUCUUCCUUGAGGAGGUUGGUUAGUCUCGAUAUCUCUAAUUAUUUUAUAUCUGUGAAACUGGAGAUGCUUGUCCAAAAUCUAACAGGGCUUCGAGAGCUCUAUCUUGAUUAUGCCAAUGUUACUUCCUCUCAUGAGAGGAGAAAAUGGAGCCACAUUAUAUCAUCAUAUUUACCCAACCUCACCGCGUUGAGCUUGAGUGGUUGUGGUUUAUCUGGCCCUUUAACUAAGUCCUUUGGGCAACUCCAUUCCCUUUCCAUCCUUCAACUAGAUUGGAGCGAUCUCUCAACAGAACUUCCAGACUUGUUCGCCAAUUUUCCAAGUUUGACCAUUUUGUCUCUUUAUAGCUGCGGUUUGAAGGGUUCGAUUCCACCCACCUUUGCUAACCUAACCAACCUGAUUCGUGUCAAUCUGGCAUAUAACUUCUUCACAGGCUCACUUUCUUCUACGCUGUUUGAAGGUCUUUCCAAUCUUGUUUAUUUAGAUUUGUCAUAUAAUUCAUUCUCUGGUAAUAUUCCCCACUCUCUCUUUGCUCUCCCUUCAUUGUUGAGACUUGAUCUUCGCAGCAAUCAGUUUAAUGGCACUUUUCAACUGGACAAGUUUCAAAGUCUUGCCAAUCUAACCCGACUUCAUCUAUCUUACAAUAGAUUGUCAGUAGAUGUUGGUAACGUCAAUUCAAGUUCAUAUGGAAAUCUCCAACUAAAAGAGUUAGGACUAGCUUCAUGUAACUUGUCCCAUUUUCCUAAUUUCAUCAAAUAUUUGGAUAUGGAAGAAGUGGACCUCUCACACAAUGGGAUUGGUGGGGAGAUACCUAGUUGGAUUUGGGGAACACAGCUUCAGUCUUUGAACCUCUCUUUCAAUCUUCUAACACAUCUGCAAAAGCCUUACCAUAUCCCUGCUUCUCUUCUAGACCUAUACUUGCACUCUAACCAGCUCAAGGGUGAGCUAUACCUGCCCAUUCCACCAGCGUCUCAACUCUCGAAGUUGUUACUUGCUAAUAACAGUUUAAGUGGAUCGAUUCCAACCUCCCUUUGCAGUGCCACGAGCCUCCAUGUUCUUGAUUUGUCUGGCAAUAGAUUAAGUGGCAGCAUACCCCCUUGCUUACUUGAAAACAUUUCAGACUUAGAUCUAAGCCAAAACAACAUCAGCGGUAGCAUUCCAGAUCAUUUUCCUAUGGAUUGUAGGCUAGAAUAUUUGGAUCUUAACAAUAAUGCUUUAGAAGGGAAAAUCCCAAAGUCCCUUGAAAGAUGCGAGCGCUUGCAGUUCAUGAAUGUUGGGAACAACAACAUCACUGACAGUUUCCCUUGCAUACUAUCAUCGAUGUUGCGAGUUCUUGUUUUGCACUCUAACAGAUUCUAUGGAGAAGUAAGAUGUCACAACAUGAGCUGGGAAAAUCUCCAAAUUCUAGAUAUAUCUUCCAAUCAGUUCAGUGGAAAUCUGGAAUCGAUAAACUUUUCUACUUGGAAGACACUGAUGCUACAGAGUGAUGUACAAUUGAGGAACGGCAAUUUAGUUGUCUAUUACUCACAAUUGUGGACUUCAUUAAGCAUCACAUUAAUCAUGAAAGGGAGAAAUUCAGAGUAUCACACGAUUUGGUCAGAGUUUGGUAUCAUUGAUUUCUCUUGCAAUAAUUUCGGAGGAGAGAUACCAAAUGCAAUUGGUGAUCUAACCUCACUUCAUCAGCUCAACCUCUCCCACAAUGCCCUCAAUGGAAGCAUCCCAAACUCAUUUGGUCAGUUGAGGAAUCUCGAAUCACUCGACCUCUCUGUAAAUCGACUCAUCGGGCCAAUACCAGUGGAGCUUGCAGGGCUCACAUUUCUUCAAGUCCUGAAUCUGUCCUACAAUAAGCUGGUUGGAGAGAUCCCAAAUGGGCGUCAGUUUCAAACAUUUUCAGCUGAUUCCUUCAAAGGAAAUGCGGGGUUGUGUGGUUUCAAUCUCAACAUAAGCUGCAAUCAUAGUAAUGGCAGUGAUCAUUUGUGGCCACAAGAAGAUGAAAACGGGGAAGAGAAGAGUGAGAUCGAGUGGGAGUAUGUAUCUUCUGCGCUUGGUUAUGUUGUGGGAUUAGGAAGCAUUGCAUGGACGCUUUUAUGCCGCAGAAGCUUCAGAGAAAGAUAUUUCGAGAAAAUAGAAGAGAUUGUUGACAAGAUUUUCUACGAGAGAGCCAGAAGAAGAAGACAUGAAAGAAGAAGAAAAAGAGUAGAGAUGAGAAAAGAGAUUAGGAGACAGCGGAGAAGUUGAUGAUAUAAACAAGGGUGUUUAGUGUUUGAUGUAAGUUUGAAGCUUUUUUUUUUUUUUUUUUUUUGCAUGUAACUUUCUUUAAUUUAAGCUGUAAAAGAGAUUCUGUGUGUUGGUAAUUAACUAUGUCAUUUUAUUUUACGAGAAUUAGCACAUAUCAGAUUUGUCUUGUUUAAGAUAUUCUAGGAUUUCUCAUUUGUUA